AUGGCCCCUAAAGCUACUACAGCACCAGCGAUCGACUAUACUAUCGAACCUGAUUAUCCUAAUACCAAAGUCGAAGUCCUUCGAGCUUAUGUCCGCCAUUUUGAGCUCAAUCCUACAUCUAUGAAACUCCGAGACCAUCUUAUUCAAGCUCUCCAGAACCAUUACAAUUCCGCUACCACUACUACUACCGCCGCCACUACCGCCGCCCCUACUACUACAGCAACCGCCACUACCGCCGCCGUCGCCCCUGCUACUACUACCACCGCCACCGCCGCCGCCCCUACUACUACAGCAACAGGAGCAACCCCACCACCACCCGCCAAAAGAGCCGCCUCACCAACCGCCCCCCAACCAGCGACUCCGCCCGCCAAAAAAUCCAAAAUCUUCUCCAACGACGCCCACUUCCGCCUCAAAGCACUUCUGCAACACGUCAGCCUCCACAUCUUAGAAGUCGAAGCGGAGAAAGUUGAAGAGUUGAAGGGUUUGAGUCAGGCGUUUGAGGAGGUUGAGAGGGUUUUGGAGGAGGUUUUGGAUGAGGAGUGGGAUGGGAAGAUGAAGAAGAAGGUGGGAGGGGGAGGGGGAGAUGGAGAUGAGUCUGAUGAUUCGGGGUCGGGGUUGGGGUCGAGGUCGGGGUCUGUUGGUUCGGGGUCGGGGUUGGGGUCUCAAGCUGGAUCUGUGGCUGGGUCUGUAGCUGGAUCUGUAGCUGGAGCUGGAUCUGAUGGGGAGGUUAGUGAUGAUGAUGGUGGUAAUGAGGAGGAGGAGGAGGUGGUGGAGGAGGAGGUGGAGGAGGAAGAAGAAGAGGAGGAGGAGGAGGAGGAAGAAGAAGAAGAGGAGGAGGAGGAGGAGGAAGAAGAAGAAGAAGAGGAGGAGGAGGAGGAGGAGGAUGAUGAUGAUGAAUGA